UUUUGCCACUGGACGCUUACUAAUUUAUUCGGUUACACAUAUUGAUGGAAAAUCAUGGUUUUAUUAUCUCUGAUUUCCUUCUAUUGCCUGGUAGCGGUUGCUGAUGGUUAUGGAUGCCGAUCAGGAUGGACGUCAUAUAAAGACAAAUGUUACAUGUUUUCAAGAAUUCCUGAACCCUGGGGAUCAGCUGCCAGUUUUUGUCAGGCAUACCACUCUAAGCUGGCAGAGCCGAUGACACCUGAAGAAACACACUUUUUAUCUCAACACGCUCGUGAUCUAAAAAAAAUAUUCUGGAUUGGAUUGACUGACCUAAUCAAGGAGGGCGAGUGGGUGUAUUCGUCCAACCUUAGUCCAUUAUUGACCAACAACUCUACUAACUGGGGUCCUCAUGAACCGAAUGGUAGGAGUGGACAAAACUGUGUUGUACUGAAUGGUCCAUGGCAUGGCUACUGGUCAGACCUUCACUGUGAUGUUUUUGAACAUUUCGUCUGUGAAAUGACUAUUGAGGAAAGUGGACCUGUAAUCAUCGGCUAGUGUUGUAUAACAUGGACGAUCUGUGCCAUUAAAGGAAGUAAUUCACGAUUUUCCCAAAAAAUUUUUUUUUCACUUUCGAUGAUUAAAACUUACUGUCUGAUGUGUUUAAAAGAUUUCUCAUAACAAUUAAGGUUAUAC